GCGUGAGAUUACAUCUAUUACCUUCAACUCUAGAUAUGCAUAAGUAGUAGCUUAAAAUUUGUAUAAAGUUGAAUAAGUAGACACAUAUAUCCCAUGUGACAUCUUACAUGAUCAAUUUUUGUCUUACAUGAUAUCCUAAGUAUAUUAUGUCAUAUAGAAUGUCUUUAUUAGUACAAGUUUAAGUAUGCCACAUAGGAGAUAUGGCUUUAAUAUUAUCACUUGAUAGAUACAAGUCCAACCAAACAAAAUAAUGACAGUCGAUGCAUUAAAGUGUCCGUUAUGCUGGGAUUCAAGAAAAUACUAAUUUUUAUUGUACAUAAUCUUAUCAUGCAUUUCUACGAAAGAUUGUCUUCACAAUUUAAAUUCGUAACCUCAUAAUCACAUGGUAACAAUUUCACUAAUUGCUCCAAGGCUCUCCUUCACGUUCAAUCAAACAAAGUAAAUUUAAUUCUGAGGUUAAAUUCUAAAUAUUCCAUCUUACCCAUGAACAAAACGAUCCUAAAGUUAAUAAUGGAAGACAAUAUGUGAAUUCAAUUAUAUUCACAUUAUCGCCUUCCUGAAUCCUUCCUGGUCCAUCAUUAUCAUGAUCAUGUGUUGCACCAUGCAUGCAAAUUACGUAUAAUAUUGCUUACUAUAUAAAAUUUUUUAAAAUGUUAUUAACUUUUAAAUAAUAUAACAAUUAAGCCCUUUGCAUUGUUUAGUGAAUAAAAGUUGAUUAAACAACUGAUCAUCAUUCAUAAGGUUGGCUAUUGUUUUCCCAGAAGCAAGUCGUGCGAAGCAGUUACGUAAAAUAAAAAAGGCCAUAUGCCAACCUUGGAGAGAACCACCCCAUUUGUUUUAUCAACUUACUAUUUGAAUAGAAAAUUAGUAUGGAGGAAAAAUAAGUUAUCUUUUUAAUUAGGGAAAAGAAUACAGACAAAAUAUAAGUACACAUUAUUUUUUGGCAGCAGUUUUGCCAAUAUUUGACCUUAUCUCGAUUCUUAUUUUAUGAAAGUAGAAUGUGUGCCAUUAACGUUCACCCAUUUGUUGUUUCAGCGAUGUUCUUCUGAACAAGACAAGAAAACAAAAUGGUUAAUAACAUCCUUUGGUACCUUAUUUAUUAUUAAAUUUAAUCUUACUGUUUGUUAACAUCUAACAUAUUUAUUAUAUUGAAAUGUGUAUUGUUAAUCCUUUUGCUUAUGAACAUUCACAGAUAUUCAGAUCAUUAACCGUUCCACCGUUUAAUACCAUGCAUUAAGCUAAAAUCCAUACAGCUAUCCUAUAUUUAAGCUUAAUAUACUUUUAAAAAUGAUCAUAACAUAUACCUAUAUAAAAAGACCAAAAUAACAUAUUUUAUUUAAUUAAAGUUAAAUGUAUUGAAUAAGGGUAGUCUGGUGCUCCACAACACACGGUAUGUAUAGAUUUCGAUGAAAAAUCGAACCUCAAGGGUUAAUAUAUAGUAUAACUUUACCUUGCAUUUCUAUAAUAUGCUAUUUCUUGGCUUAACCUAUGACCUCCCGGUUAUGGAAUGCUCAUAAAAACUUGCCAAUCAAUCCUUCAUUUAUAUAGAAAAAAACAUACACCCCACGUUCUCUCAACCAUUCACAAAAACAGAGAGCCUAACAUCAAAGACUCCUUCAUUUUCCAUCAACCAAGAAAGAAAAAAGACUUGUGUCUCUUUUUCUCUUCCUAUCUGCCCCUGCUGAACCCCUUUUUCCUUCUCUCAAAGUUUCCAUUUUCUUCAUCCAUCGCCCUAUCAUUGCAUAUUUUCUGUUUUAUUGUUUCGACCUCAGUCGUGUUGGUAUUAUUUUGUUGCUUGAAUCAGAAAAUAUGGUUCGAGCAGUUGAGGAAGAGAAAUUAGAGAUUCCUUCAACAGAAUCUCAAAACGUUAAUGGGUGGAGACUUACCCGUAAAGAGACCAUCAGGGCACGUAAUAUUAGUAAGGCCGAUGAUUCUGCCUCUCCUACCGUCAACCAGAACAACGCUCCUUCAGAAAUGGAGCAGAUGAAGGAAAAAUUUGCCAAGUUGCUCCUUGGUGAGGAUAUGUCUGGUGGAGGAAAGGGUGUUUCAUCAGCAUUGGCGUUGUCAAAUGCAAUCACAAACCUAGCAGCUUCGGCAUUUGGAGAACAGAAGAGAUUGGAGCCCAUGCAACCAGAGACGAAAAUCAAGUGGAGAAAAGAAAUUGAUUGGCUCUUGUCUGUUACAGAUCAUAUUGUUGAAUUUGUUGCUUCUAAACAAAAAGCAAAAGAUGGAACAACCAUGGAGAUUAUGAUAACAAAGCAGAGAACCGAUCUUCAAAUGAACAUCCCAGCAUUACGUAAACUUGACACAAUGCUUCUGGAUUGCUUAGAUAGUUUUGAAGACCAAAGUGAAAUCUCUUAUACAUCCCAGGACGAAGAAGGAAAAAACAGCAGGAAAGAUGAUAAAUGGUGGAUACCUACCCCUAAGGUUCCUCCUAAUGGCUUGUCCGAUGCUACAAGGAAAUGGCUGCAAUUUCAGAAAGAUUCGGUAAACCAAGUUCAUAAAGCAGCCCUCGCCAUAAAUGCUCAAAUUCUUACAGAGAUGGAGGUUCCUGAAAAUUAUAUAGAAAACCUUCCCAAGAAUGGGAGAGCAAGUCUUGGAGACUCGAUAUACAGGAGCAUCACGGAUGAAUACUUUGAUCCUGACUACUUCCUUUCAACUAUGGACUUGUCCUCUGAACAUAAAAUUCUAGACCUCAAGAACAGGAUUGAGGCUUCCGUAAUUAUUUGGAGAAGAAAGAUGAAUGCAAAAGAUGCGAAGUCAGCUUGGAGUUCAGCUGUUAGUAUGGAGAAAAGAGAAAUAUUUGAAGAGCGAGCUGAAACUAUCUUGCUUAUCCUUAAGCAUCGGUUCCCAGGAAUUCCUCAGUCAUCGCUAGACAUAAGCAAAAUUCAGUACAACAGAGAUAUCGGGCAUGCUAUUUUAGAAAGCUAUUCAAGAAUAAUUGAGAGCAGGGCAUUCACAGUCAUGUCGCGAAUUGAAGAUGUAAUACAAGCAGAUAAUCUAGCCCAAGAUCCUUCAAAUGGAGAAGUGAAGAGGUAUCCUAUCGAAGAUCCAUUGAAAGUAUCAUAUGGAAUGAACGACAAGGAAGAUGUAGAGAAGCUUAGUUCUGGAGAUACUCCUAAUUCAAUGACACUGCUGGAUUUCAUGGGAUGGGAGGAAGGAGAUGAUGAUGCGGAGAAAGAUAUGAAGGAAGACCAAUCCAAAGAAAGUGACGCAAAACUCGUAAGCAAACCUCCAAAUGUAGUUACUAACAAUAGAGUCUCUUACCUAGAUAAUUUAGCUGGUCUCAGAAGUCCAACAGCACGCCACUAAGCGACUUCACUGCAGAAUACUGAUUGACUCAUCAGACGCAAGGACAGACGGACAGAGUUUCACCAGAUUUAAGAAAGCUCGGCGUCAAGUGUACAUAUCGAGAUGAAUCACAACAAUCUAGGAUUUCACUAAAGUCGUUCCUUUUGUAAGUAGGGAUAAGUUAGUAGACCUAAUGGGCCUGUGGCAGUUCUUGAAAUCGUUUACUCAGUACAAGAUGUCACCUUAUUGUUGAACAACAAUGGGAAUUGCUGACCUUUUACCUGGAAUAACCUCUGGUUUCAGAUCUAUUAAUAAAAAAAUAUGAUCUGUAGUUCAUCAUUUUAAGUUU